GCUGCGAGGAGGGGAUCGGGGCUGGGCGGAGGGUCCCGGCCGCCCCCCUACCUUCCCUCCCACCGCACCCAGUUUAGGUUCCAGGGUAGCGGCGCGAUGGCGGCGGCGGCGGCGACGACAGCGGGCUCGCUGGGGUCUGGGUCAGGGCCCGGGGGGGCGGCCAGUAAUGCUUUCCCCCCGAUGGGCACUUGCGCGGCGGCAUCGGGGGUCUCUGGGGGGCUCGGGCCGGUCCCGGUGCCCAUGAACCUCUUCGCCACCUGGGAAAUCGAUCGCUCAGCGCCCAGCUGCGUGCCCAGGCUGUGCAGCCUUCGCCUGAAAAAGCUGACGGUGCUGCGGGAACUAGACAAGGAGCUUAGCUCUGUGCUCAUUGCUGUGAAGAUCCAGGGCUCAAAAAGAGUCUUGAGAUCCAAUGAAUAUGUUUUACCGCCCGGAGGCUUGAUGGAGACUGAUCUGGAGUUAACAUUUUCACUGCAGUAUCCACAUUUCCUGAAAAGAGAUGGUAACAAGCUCCAGAUCAUGCUGCAACGCAGAAAGCGAUAUAAGAAUAGAACUAUUCUGGGCUACAAAACUUUGGCAGUGGGCAUCAUUAACAUGGCUGAGGUCAUGCAACAUCCCACAGAUGGAGGGCAGCUUUUGGGCCUUCACAGCAACAUCAAGGAUGUGAGCAUCCGGGUGGCUGAAAUCAGCAUCUACUCACUUUCUAGUCAACCUAUCGAUCAUGAAGAUGGAAAUGUUCCCUCUGGUCCCAAAAUCAAGGCGUCUGAUCGCUCUCCAGAUAUUGAUAAUUAUUCUGAAGAAGAGGAUGACAGCUUUUCCUCUGAGCAGGAAGCCAGUGAUGAUGCAGUACAGGGCCAGGAUUUAUAUGACGAAGAGGACGAAAUGAGGAAGCCAAAGAAAGCCAGGCGGAAAAUGAUCCGAACUACAUCAAUGACCCGACAACCAAACUUCAAGCAGAAAUUUGUUGCCUUGCUGAAGAGGUUUAAAGUGACAGAUGAGGUUUUGGAUUCUGACCCAGUGGAUCAGACUCAAGAAGUGGAGGAAGACCUGGGUCUGCUCUAUGACAGCCUUGAGGAAUGCAACAACAGUGACAGCGGCCCUGAGAUUGAAGAUAAUGAAAGUGUUCAUAGCACUCCUAAACCAACUUUGAGGCGCUUCUUUGAGGGCGUCUCUCACUCUGGUUCCCAGACUGAGAUCAGCAGUCUGCACAGCCAAAAAGGGCAGGAGCGAGAGUCGGGCAGCCCUGGAGAAGCAGAGAAGUGGAAAGUGGGUAUCCCACGCACCCAAGAUGAGGCUGCUGUGGAAAAUGCAGCUAUGGAGCUGGAGGCAAACGAUUCCUGUCCAGGAGGUGCAGCUGAGACGGUGUUGAAGGAGAGCAGCAUGGACAGGCUUGCCCAACUGAGCAAUGUAAGCAAGCCGGAGUUCCCAGCCACUGUUUCCCCCAGCAAAGCUGAGAACAAGCAACUCUGGCGACCUCGCAGUAUGUCUGUCAAGGAUCGACAAAACUCCAAGAGCCACAGUGACCGAACCGGUAGCCUGGACAGUGAGGGCUCCCCAGAUUCCCGGCAGAACAGCCAGGUGCCCCGGAAAUCUGUGUAUGAUCAGCUCAACCAGAUCCUGGUCUCAGACGAGCAGCUGCCUGAGAGCAUCAUUCUGGUGAACAUCACAGAGUGGCAAGGCCAGUACCUGUGUGAUCAACUCCAAGAACACAAGCAACCCAUGGUCUCCACCUGCUCCAUGGCAGAUGUCCAGGCUGCCUUCAACACAAUUGUUUCUCGUAUUCAGAGAUACUGUAACUGUAACUCCCACAUGCCUCCCCCAGUGAAAGUGGCUGUGGCAGGGGACCAGAGCUACCUGAGCAUCAUCCUGCGCUUUUUUGUGGAGCAGCUAGCCAGCAAGACUCCUGAUUGGCUGAACUACCUCCGUUUUCUUGUGGUGCCCUUGGGCUCUCACCCCCUGGCCAAGUACCUUGGUUCGGUUGAUAAUAGAUACAGCACUCUGUUUCUGGAUGCGGCCUGGAGAGAGCUCUUUAGCAGAGUUGAAGCCCCUAGUUCAGAUACUGUGGACAUCCCUGGCCGGGUUGCUCAGUUCAUUACAGGUGCCAAUGUAUCUCACCAGCUACCCAUUUCAGAGGCCAUGUUGACCUACAAACAGAAGAGUUCAAGUGUGUGGGGUACAUCAGGCCCCACUGUUCUCGGCUUUUCCCUGCAGCCAAGGGGGGCUGAUACGCACCCGGAUGAGGAUUCCUGCCAGAAAUUUGUGCCGUUUGUUGGGGUGGUGAAAGUGGGACUUGUGGAGCAGUCCUUCAGCACUUCAGUUGAUUCUGAUGAUGCUACCAUCUGCUCCACCUCACUGCUGAGCUCAUCAUCUCCAUCUGGUGGAGGGAUCCCUUAUACCAAGGAAGCUAUAGGAACCCCUCCACCCUCUCCCUCUGUCAGCAGUGGGCUCUCAGGAACUGGCAAUUUGAGCCCUGGUGUGGAGGUGAUGGGUCUGCAGGUAGACUACUGGACAGCUCAGGGGCCAGAGAAGAGAAAAGAGGCUGAAAAACGGGAAAUAGGCAUCAAGAACACCCUGAAAAGCAACUUCCGCUCCCUGCAGGUCAGCCGCAUCCCUAGUCCAGGAGAGCUCACCCCACCUAACACAAUGGCCAUGACUGUGGUCACCAAGGAGAAAAACAAAAAAGUGAUGUUCCUGAGCAAGAAACCUAAGGAGAAGGAUUUGGAACCCAAAAGCCAAGUGAUCGAAGGGAUCACCCGUCUGAUCUGCACAGCCAAGCAUCAAAACACCAUGUUGCGUGUUUGUAUUGAUGGUGUGGAGUGGAAUGAUGUGAAGUUUUUCCAGCUGGCUGCACAGUGGCCAACGCACGUCAAACAUUUUCCAAUUGGCAUCUUCGGCUACUCAAAGAGUGUGUGAUAUGAAACAAGCCGUAUGGAAGAGUCCGGGCUCUGCCAGAUAGACCAGGAGGAGCAUCCGCUUCCUUUGCUUCUGAAGACUGACUGCCCAUACAGAGCCGACUCUGGCAAGGGCUCUACUUGCUCCAUUUGUUCUGUGCAGGGAGCAUCCCGAUUUGCUUUAUGUCUCACCCAUGAGUUUUUUAGUUUAACGUGAACUUGGGUUGUAGGAAAGGGAAGGAAGACAGAUGCACACACAAAAACACAAGAGAGAAAUGGCUUUUCAACACAGACUCUUGAGACUAGAAUAUCAGACCUGUCUUCUCUGUUCAUGUGACAUCAGGAAUGAAGGAGGCUGAGCAGGGUUGAAUAGCUUCCCAAGUUGCUUGUGGAAGGUGGGACAGAGUUCCUUUCCAUGCCUUGUCUAGCUGGCUUGGGCAAGAAAUGGGAAGGCCGGUCUUCUUUUAACUUGCUGCUACCUUGUAAAUCUCUAAUGGGGAAAAAAUGUGUGUUAAGACCCUUUUCCUUGAAUUGCUUAGCCAGGCUUGCCCAGAAGCAUUCUGGACCAGUUGACCUCUGCCCACAAGUGCCAAUUGGCAGUCCUCUGUCUCAGAAUUCAUUGAGGGCUACGGCAUCUUGGCAUUUUGCAGUUUCUUUUUAACAUGAAGCCACUUUUCCCUGUCUCUCCUCUUAUUUGGAGUGGAGCUGGCAUUGUUUGACUUCUCACACAAUUGGAAUGUGUAGAGCAGAGUAUUUAACACAAGGAUAAGGGGUUGACAACUGAGAUGAGCAUGAUUUCUGGAUCUGCUCCGGAGGCUGCUUAACAGGAGGUGGUAUACGAGCCGUUUUGUGUUGUUCUUACCUUGCUCAAACUGUUCUUAAGGAAGCAGCUAGAGGAACCGUUUCCUCCAUUCAUUAGCUGUGAGCACAACAGAAAGAGAUGGCACAUAGCUGGACUUCAGCAAGGAGAAAAUGGUCCAGGCUGUGCCAUGAACCAGCAGGCAAGAGUACUCUUUUCCAGCCAAGUAAAGGGAAGAAUCGUAGACUAGAUUCUGAAUGAACAUCCUUUCAAUUAAAUAAAGGAAAAAAACCUUUUGCUAAGCAGUAUUGGGGAGGGGAAGAUGGAAUGGGGCAGGUAGGCCUAAGUCGUUCUUCAGAACUUAAGAAAAUAUAUCUUGAGUGAGGGGAUUAGGCCAUUUUCUCCCCAGAAGUAUUUUAGCUCUGCGUAAUUGUUGCAUAUUUGUUUUCUUUGCCUGUACCCACACUGCUGUGCCCUGCUGUAUAGGUAAGGUCAAGUACUAAUAUCUAAAGCUCAUGGAAGUGGUGGGGAAGCUGGGCCCCUCCCACCUCUAUUCAGAUGAUGAAAAAGGUGCUCUCGUAUGAUGGAACCGGCUUAUGAAUCAAUACACUCCAUUUAUAGCCAGUAAGAGUGCUCCCUUCCCCCUUUCCCCAGAUCAGCACUUUGCCUGGACAGGUCUCAGGGUAGUUACUACAUCCACAAGUUUUUUCCAAUUCCACCUUUGCUGUGUUGUUGUAAUAGAUCUGUGGCACUGGCAAACUGAUGAAGCUGGCAAGUAGGAGAGCCACUGGCAAGGUCAGGUGCAAUGAUGUGCGGGGAGGGGUGGGCAGGUAGUCACAGACCUUUAAAAUGGCUUAAAUUGAUCAGGUGAGAUCGAACAAGCGAGUUUGCGAAAAUACAGUGUCAGAAGGCAGCUACUAGUGCCUCCUUUCCUUCCCUAGCUGGAUUCACAAAUGUCCCCAUCCAUUCUCUUAUCCCUAAAUCAUGCAGGUUCCAAAGGCCAGGACCUCUACCUUCCUGGAGCUUGUUUCACUAGAACUGCCAAACCAACGUCCCCUGCCUUGAAAGUGUGUCCUACCGAACUUAAGAGACCUAAACUGUGGUAUUGCGCCUGCCUGGCGAAUGCAGCUGCUCGUGGUUAGGAGAGCAGGGAUGGUGGGUAAAUCCCAUUUUUUACAAGAUUCUAUUUUUGUUAAUGUAAGGUUGCUUUCUGGAUUAAUUUUAAUAAAUUAAUGCUGGUACCAUUGUGA